AUGUCUAGUCCCGGUCUCGACUCCUACCUAGCAACACUCCAACACCAACACGACCCACCAUACUCACCGCCGAGUCAAUUCGUCUCGCUCAGUCAACUGCACUCCGCACCCGCUGAUACACAGUUCACGAACAUGACCGCUACUACGACCAACAAUACCGCCGAUUCUACCAGUCGAUAUGCCAAAAAUGGGUCCGAGACGCCCUCCAUCUCGUCCGUCGCGUCCUCUUCGGCUUUGUCGCUCGAUGAUCCUCCUCCGAACGGGGUCGCCGACCCCCACAAGGACGACAGUGACGACGGCGACGAUGACGACGACGAUGACGGGAACGAGGAGUUGUACGUCGUCGAAAAAAUCAUGGAUGACAUCCAAUCAUCGAAUGGGGAAUCCCUCUAUCGUGUAGCAAGUAAAACUUUUUUUUUCCUUCCACUGUGUUCCAUGGAGCUGACCUUUCUCUGGCCGCGCCUCGAAUAGAGAUGGCACGGGUACGGACCGCAAGACGACACGUGGGAACCCGCCAUCAGUUUUGCUGGUACUGCCGAUGCCAUCCUCACUCAAUAUCAACGUACAAAGGCCAAGAAAAAAAAGACGUCUCCGGCAGCUUUCACCCCGAGUUCCAAGAAGACGAGUCGGAAAUCGACCCCAUUCAAGACGACGACGACCAAGAAGAAGGCCAUCAGCCCAGCAACCGCCAAGGCAAGACAACCCGCACGACCAAGAGGACGACCAAAAGAGGGCGAGGAAAAGAGCGGCGAGGCAUCAUCAGAGGUCAACACUCGUCAAUCGAGCGGCUCUCAACCUCCUGAACAACCAUCGAGCACCCUGCGUGUUAGGCUUAAGAACCAGCAGCAAAGCGCAUCACUCGAGCCUCCUUCGAAUACAACCCCGUCUGUGUCGAGAAAGGCUGUGGCUUCGAAAUCCAAGAAUGUACCUCCUUCGUCGGAAGAUGAAACGGCCUUCUCCCGACCGUCAGACGGGCUUGCUCAUAGCCAGAGGGAGGAGGAAGCUGCGGGCAUACAAAUCAACGGUGACGCACGGCAGCCAGCGGGGAACAUUGGGAGUCAGAUACCUGUACCAGUAGAAAAGCUGCCUGUUGUAGCGAUGGAGAAUGGCACAACUUCAGAUGGGAAACGGGCCAGGAAUGAGAGCUCAGAGGAGCCUGAGAAAACACUGGUGCGUCCGUCGCGUCCAGAUGUCUCAAGUGUGCUGCGUACUGAUCCUGUGGGUAUGCUGAUCAAGCAGCUGGUAGCUAGCAAAAAGUCUAGACCUGCACCGAGCAAGGCUGUGUCCCGGGAGGUUUCGUCGUACGUGUAGGCUUUGACGUAUCUUUGCGCGAUGCUACCGGUGCUAACGAUCUGCCAGUUUCACAGAUCUUCGAAGGCGCCGACACCGUCAAGCAUGCGGCCGAGCGCACAAAACCCACCCGGCGUUCCCGCUCCACCAGCUUCCCCCAAAGUCGCUUCUGAUGUACAGGCAGGCUCAAAGACUGCACGACGACCCGUACCUACCAAAGAGCCUCGGGCCAAAGCCCCUGUGCCAGCCCAUGUCCGGACGGUCUCCUCGUCCUACGAACGUAUGAUGCAGCAAUCCAAGCUACUCAAGCAACUACCGAAAGCCAAGAAGAAUCCGACAUGCGCCCCACCCCCACCCACAGCUUCCGCAAGCACAGCCGCUCCAAUUGCUAAAGGGCCUCAACCAGUGCAGCCCAAACAGGGCUUGGGGCUGGGACCGGCCUGGUCCAUGCCACCUCCGAGCCUGAAGGCAGUAGCAGGAUCCAUGUUGCGACCUUCGGCCUCCUCUGGUGAGGUAGCGGCCCCACGGCAAUUGUCGCCGGCCUUUCGGCAAGACUCGCCUUGCCUCCUGCUUUCACCCGGACGGGACUCGAUCAACGGCGUGCAGCACCGGGUGGCAGGACCGUUCAGUGCCGAUGCGGCUGCUGAGCGAGCCAAGACCGCCGAAAGAGCGGUCGAUCCAAGGCACCGCGGGUCCACGGUACCACCUCAGGGAUUACGAGCAGGUUCCGUUGCGCCGACCAACAGCGCUACGAAACGAACUCGAUCUCGGGAAGAGCUCAUAACGACCAUUACGGAGCAGCUUCGACCGUUUCAGGAGACGCGCGUGUAUCAAUUCCACGCGGAGGCGUUCGAGAACCUUUCGAUCGAGGCCGCAUGUGCCAAGAUGAUCGGCAUGGAUUUGAUGCUGGCCAGUAUGCUCCGAGGGUGGGUCGACUUCCUUCGGGCGUGAUGAGCAUCGCUACAGAGUGCUGACUUUUUUUGCGGAAGGCGUCGUCUACCAGACGAAUGGUCUUGGCGAUGACCACUCGACAAAGUGAUUCCGAGGACAACGCCGAAUGCCAGGCCCUGUCUAGUCUCCUCACAGCGAGCGGAUGUCAAAUGCCGCCUACGCUUCCUGGAGGCACGCUUGGUCCCCCUGAAUACGUGUUCGUGCAUCGCAACCAACCGUUGGCGAGACCAGAGCUAUCAGAUUGGGUCAAACGCGUGCCGUAUAUACCCAUUUACCUAUUCGGUGACAGGAAGCCGACGGUGCCCGUGCUACUGGGCGGCUUUGAGAUCACCCCGAGCUUGGCGGCGCUAAACGAUACUGGAAACCGCGACGCGUUCGUCAAUUUCUUCGCAAUGUAUGCUACGACGUCGACAGUAUUUGUUCACCCUUUGACGUUGCUGUGGUCACGCGCUCACAGUCCGCUGCUGUGAGUAGGAUCUUGAGCGUGGUAGAUCCGAACUGGUGCUGACCUUGUUCAACGAGGCCACCUGUCUCAGUGCCCUACGCACCCUCUCGAUGAUGCACAACAACUCCGGAUUCGAGUUGACAGCGGCGAAUCGAAUCGAAAGCGGCUCUAUCAUGCGUGAAACAAACGAGGACAAGUUCCGCGAAUCGUUGCUUUGGUCCAAGCCCGGUCCGAGUGAUCGUGAACUCGUGCAGGAGAUCUUUGAAGAAGCGGGUCAGUCGGGGGUCUCGAUCUCGUCCGGCGUGUGUACACCGCUGACAAAAAUGGGAUCGAUGACCAUUCGACAGGUGCUUCCUUUUCUGCCGAAAUGGAAGCGAAGGAGAUCUUGCUCGCUUUAUCCCCGAUGAUCUCAACCGAACGCUUGCAGUCGGCGCAUCGUCGCAAGGUGCUCGUGUGUGAUCGGAGUACGACCAAGCUUGAGCAGGACGCUCGUAAUUAUGCGGCAAGUCAGCCGUGCAAAUAG